AUGACCACCAUAGAUGACCAUAUUUCGCCGGCGUACUACUACUACGUGGACCCGGCAACUCUGUACCAGCCACAACAGCCAAAUCCACUGGAUGACCUGAUAUCAGUGUAUGGACUGCAGGACCUAUCACAGCAAGUGGCACGCACAAAUGCAGACGGCACAAAAGCUGUUAAACUGCGGAAAUCCUAUAAGAACCAAAUCAACGACCUUUCGGGCAAGUUCUCCGUCAUUCCCACGCGAGACAACGGCAAAGGCGGCGAUAUUGCGCCCGUUUUAUUUCAAAACAACCCAGACAUGAUGCCACAAGUGAACAUAACUCCAGAGAUGAGCCCUGAGCAGUGGCGCCAACUCAUGAUGGAACGGGACUCAGCUUUGUUCGACUCUCAAAACAUGGACUGGAACGUUUGUCAGACGGUGCUCUCCCAGUUCGAAAGGAGCUAUGCUGCCGAAUUCCAGGCCCACGGAUUCCAACCAGAAGACCUGGCUUUUGACCUCGACGGUAGUGGUAACACCAUCAAGACCCGGAAAAGGAAGAACAAGUCAAGCGGUAGUUCAAUGGCAACGCCAAACAGUGAUCUACAAGAUGACAUGAAGAGGAGAAGAUUAGAGUAG